AUGGCGUUCUUUUACCACAAAACAAGUGAUAUAUAUGACCAGCACGUGCGCGAAAAGCCUUGUGUUCGCAUCUUGGAUAGGAUAGCAAGCCAGUGGCACCGGAUUGUCACAUUCUUGGCCACCGCCCUCGCUUUCGGUCUCGUACUGUAUGCGUUUCUUUCGGAUCAGUGGGUGGAAGUAGAGGGAUCGCUGGUGUACGACUACGUUUUUAUUGGCUUGUAUAAAGUCACGAUGGGAUUGGCGGGAUACCAUGUCACCGUACCCACGGACGCUUACAAAUACAAUGCGCAGGGGGUGGAAGCCAACAAGUACUAUAGUAGCGCCGACGUCUCGGGCCUGUUUGGGCUCAACCUACUGUACGACUUCCCGUCAUCCACUUUAGGGCUCCUCGCGUGGUUGCAGUUUCUGGUCCUCGCUUCUGUGGGCAUCGUACUGCUCACCAUGACGUACAUGUGGCUAUUCCACCAGUCCGUUGAGACGCGCACCGACCUUGUGGCGGGAUUGUACCUGGCUGCCUCGUUUGUACUGACGCUGGUUAUCGUUUUGGUGUAUCCCCUGUCUAUUAGCCAAUUGUACGUCCCUUCAGAACGUGAAAUGACCGUGCACAUGUGUGGUGCGAAUGCAGGCCCCUACAACCCGGGAAACUGUUCGUUGGGAAUCGGGUACUGGGUUGUGGUGGGCUCUCUGGUCCCGUUGCUCGUGGGUUGUGUCGCGAGCAAUAAAAUGACGUUAUCGCCGUACUGGUUGCAGAAGAAGGCAGCGGUGAGAGAGGCUAAGAAGGAAGAGAUGAAUAAGGGAAAAGUAUAA